GGGAGAUAUGCGUGGGUGUCGUGCAGUGUCAUGGGAAUGCUCUCGUUCCGUCAACAGAGCGAAAGUGUGUAUGUGUGUGAGUGUUGUGUGUGUGCGUCAGUGAAAAGAUGGUACUCUCACGAAAAUGUGGGCAUGUCUGGUUAGAAAGUAACAUGUUAAUGUCUUCAUAGAGGAGGAAUAAUAUUCAUGGAAUUCUGGUCAGUUUUUUCAAACAAUUUUGACAGCUGAACAGGCGAUACCGGCAAGGACAGUACCAUUUGUUCACUGAUAUGGAAGAAUGAUUAUUAAGAAGAUACUAGAUGUAUGCUUUUUCAUUGUAAUAGCAGAAGGUUGCUGCUAUGCCUCAGAAACAGAAUUGCAAGAAAUGGCUGUAGAUGUGGGCCAAAAUGUGACUUUACCAUGCACUGACAGUGUAUCAUUAUCUCCUGCAAUUCAUCGGAAUUCAGUUACUUGGGCUCGAAUAAGAGAAGGAAAAGAUGCAGUUCCGAUAAAUGCCCUACACACACAACCUGAUGGUGGACUUACAUUAACUUCACUUAACAGGGAAGAUUCAGGGAUUUAUUUAUGCACCUUGGAAAGUAAAGUGGGAAGUACUACAUCACCUUUAGAUGUUGUUAGGAGAAGGGUUAAAGUGGAAGUAAGGACACCUCCCCCAGAACUGGCAAAUGUCACAGUCCGUCCUUCAACAGUUCUUGCUCUUCUCCUGUGGGACGUGAAAGAUGAUGGAGGUUAUCCAAUAGACUAUUUCUCAGUGCAGUACAAAAUGAAGUAUCCUAAUGAGCAUGGGCAAGAAGACACAUGGCAUGAUGGUUUAAGGGAACCUAUUACUCCAACAGUACGUCAGAUUGAUGUUUAUGAGCUGGAGCCCAAUACAACUUACCUUUUCAAAAUGUGGGCUACUAACCAGUUGGGGCCAGGAAAAGAAACAAUAUUAGAAGGUACAACAUCACACAAUAUGGAGGAAAUGGAGCUUGCACGCCUUCUUCUCAAAGAUGCAAAAGAUUUUGAUACACGAGUUUGGGUGGUUGCUGUGGUUAUUGUAAUGGGAACCCUUCUUAUCCUCACCACUGGUACAUGUUAUCUAUUGUAUAAGGAGUACCAUGUUCCUGCUUCAAAGCGAGAUGAUCAAGAAAUUAUUGAGCUAGUUCCUAACAUAAUCCUCAACCCUGGAUUUUAUGAAGGUGAAGCUCACACUGAACAUAUUGAACCAGAUGAAAAUUCAAAUGAUCAGACUACAACUAGGAUAAACAACAAUACAAUAGUACAACCUAUACGUGUUUGAUAUAGGAGGUACAAUGAUGUAGAGUUUCUGGGCGAUUUGAAUGAACACAGCUCCAGAAUACACUAUGAAUGUGUCUGUGGAAAGAGUCAUGCCUUGUAAGUAGACGUGUUCAUGAGCUUUCUUCCAUUCAAACGGGGCCGCAUCAAUAUUUUUUUUGCAGCAAUAAUUCUUAUAGUGACACUAGUCCAAGUUCAUAUAAGUGUUCUUAUGAGCACUCUAGACACAAUUCUUUUCCUUUCCUGCACUUUCAAUUUGGUUGUGAGAAAGCCUCAACCAUGUGAUGUUCCAUAGCAACGGAAGUUGAGCUCAUUUCUAUUCAUGAGGCUGUGCCUCGAAGUGGAAGAUAUCAGAAUGUCGAUGUUCGUUAAAAUAUAUCAGUAAUUUUCAUUGGUGAAUGACUGUAAUCAUAAGCAUGAAUUGGAAGGUUGUGGUAAGGACUUCCUAAGCAUUUUAUAAUUUCAUAAGUGUUAUGCUGCACUCGAGGAACUGAUUUCAUAGUGUUUGUUUUUAGAGGGUGCAGGCAAUGUUUGUAAAUACAGUAAAUGUGUUCUUAUAUUUAAAUGUGGAAAAUGAGGUGUUUUUGUAAGAGACCUUGUAAAAAUAUUCAUCCUUAAUAUAAGCAUGUUGUGUAAAACUGGAUUAUAAAAGCUGGAACAUUAAUCUACAUUUGAUUUGCAAACGUGUUUGCAAUUCAUAAGAUGUGCAAAUAAGUUAACUUGGCAACAUCCUUAAUACAAAGAACAAAAAUUGUAUUUUUUUUUUUUUUUUUAAAUGUUGCCUCUUAUUUAUCAUUUGAAAGUUUCUGGUAAUCAUCAUCAAAAUUGGUUUCGUCAUUAAUGAAUAGGAUAGAAUGUGCAACUCUAAGCAACAAUUUCUCUUCUUGCUUAUGUUUUUUCACUUUCUUCUUUGAAUGGACUCGCUACAUUCCUAUACAAGUGGUUGCUUUCCUUCUAGCCACAAAUUCACAUCAGGUCUCAUAUUUAAGUGUUUUUUUGUAUUUGUGAACUUACCAUCAUAAAGACUCCAAAAACACUAAGCUACAUUUUAUAGCUAGUGCAAAAUCAUAUAACUUUCUCAGUUUUAAUUUUUGUCAUUAACUUUGUCGAUGAAAUAUGCGCAAAAAUUCAAUUAUAUUCUAUUUUAAAAAAUAUUUCCUUUCUAUUACCAUGUCUUGAAGGAAAUUCAGUAGUCUUAAUUAUUAAAUGUUACGAGAUGCAACUGUUAAGCAAAACAGUUUUGGUUUGCAAUGAAAUUUGUGAACAUUUCAAAAUUUUGCAGUAAUGCAAAAAGAGUGCACAUGCAGCACUUUGAGACCUGCAGAUAAAAAAGGCAUAUAUGAAAUGGCUUGCUUGUGUAGGAGUAUUUAAGAUUUGUAUUUAUGAAAUUGAUUUGAUGAAUUAAUGGGAUAGUUAUUAUUAGUUUUGAAAUGAAAAUAAUUAAUUUAAUAUCAUAAAUUAUGAGAUAGAAUCUCAUAUUUGUUUGAAUUGUCUUUUGUAUUAGGUUGUUUAAAAACAAAUAUCAGAUUCUUCUUAGAAUUCAUGCCUCUUCCUACCAAGAAAGAAAAACUGCGAUCAUAGAAGGUUCAGAUUCCCAAGACAACUGAAUUUCCAAAGACUUUUCUGUCUUUCUAUUACUUCAUUGCUGUUAUCCUAGAAAUAUAUAUAGUUUAUAAGUUAAAGCUACUCCACUAUAAUUUGUUGCAUAUUCUGUUCCCCAACAAAUUCCAGUACUAAAAAUUGUAUAACCAAUGUUAGGUCUGAAAGAAGCACAUGCCUCAUGGUUGUAGGCAAUUUCAUCCUCAGUGCUUCUGAGGGGUAAUUUGGGGGUAAUGUUAACAUAAAAGCUUGAAAUAUAUUAGAAAUUAUAUUUUUUCACUUCAUGUGCAGAGUAGCAUACUGGUAGCGAGUACAUUUUGUCAGUUACUCGUUUUCACUCGGCUAGUUCAGUGGGGUAUCAUUUUCUGUAAAAUGACAAUUGUGUAGCAGUAUUAUCAACUAAAUGGAUGAUGGAAAUGAGAUUUUAGGUUUUAUUUGAUUGUCUACAGUAUGAAAACUGCAAUUUUGUUGCAUAGUUCAUAUGACUAGCGAUAUGUAGCCUGAGAAUUGAUAAUAUGCCUAAAACACAUUUUAGUACACCUCUGAGAAUUGAGUAAUUUUAUGGACAUUAUUUUCAAUAUGCUAAAUGAAUGAAUAUUCUUGUAAUUUGAAAUUAUAAAUAAGACAUAGUUGUGUACUGUAUAAAAUACAGACAAUGAUUCAUGUUAGUAAUUGUAUAGUUUGUACAAGAAGUCUUAGUUAAUUGCUUUGAAAAGAUAAGUUUGCAUAAAAAUCUGAGAACUUAUCACAAGUUAUCUUUUUGAAGGUCUUCUGAAUUAUUUGUGCUCUCAUUUCUUAUGUGACAUUUGGCUAUGUAGAGCAAUCACUGAAGAGUAUAUCAUUGAGUGUUCACAACUAAAUUCUAGGAAUACACAGUUCGUUAUUUUUUGCCUGAGAGAAGUAGAGUUAGAUCAAAAUUGUAAAUGUAUCUCAAGGUUGUGUGCUGUCAAUAAUGCCUUGAUAUUCCCAACUUUAUUUUGUCUGUGAUAUUUAUAUUAUAAUACUCAUUGCUGCUGUAGAUUAAGUUGUGCUUAAGUAUAUUUUGUUAAACUUCCUUUACUAUGAAUUUUAGAUGUUGGUAGCUUGUUAUAUUUUUUGGAAAAAAGGGCGGUCUUAGUAAGGACAAUGAAUGACACAUGGUGCUUUGUUUAUUUAUGCAUACUGAAUCAUGACUGUAUAAACUAAUCAGAUUUUUUCAAAACUGGCAUUAAGUUAGUUUUGCCAAGGAGGUCAUUGAUAUCAGUUUGAAUUUUAAUGUGAGAUUAAGAAGAAGUUACUCAAGACUUUCUGCACACUGCAGGAAGAAACUAGGUGACAAUUUAAAGACUUAGAGACUUAUGAAAAAUGAGCCAAAGAAAUAAUACUAUUAUGUUCAUUGGAAGUGUGCAUACUAUUGUACACACUGUAUAGAUUGCACUGAAUGUAUAUCUAGCAAUGAUCAUGACUGUUAAUAGACUAUAGAAUAAUAAUAAUAAUAAUAAUAAUUUUUGUUCAAAUCAAACAAAAAUAUACUGGAGCUGUUUACAGUGAUUCAUUAUUACGAAAAGGACAUUCAAUUAAAAAUGUCAUGUCACACUAUUCAUCUUGAAUUGACUGUCUAUUGAUGUAGGGAAAUCAAGCAUAGUUUACUCGAUAAUUUGUAAUUUUAAUAUUUAAUUUGAGAUAAAGUAUACAUGCAGUUAUAUACUCUAGUGGCAUAUCAUUUCACGUGUUCCGCAGCUUAUACUUAGGAUAAGAGUACUGAAGAUCCAGGUGUGCUUGCAGUGAUUAGUCAUUGUUCAUACUUUUAAGUUAUUGUGAUAAUGCCUGAAAUUUGUGAAAUAUAAGUAAGUAAUCUUGCAAGUAGACGCACAAAGUUGUUGGUCUCUCAGUUAGAGAGAUUAUUAAAUGUGUGCACUAAAAAGGUUGUGCUGUUUAAUUUUGAUUUUAAAAUUGAAAAGUGAUAAAUACAGUUUUAUACCAAGGAUUGGAGCCCAGAUUUUAUAAAUCUCAAUGAUGCAAUUUCCCAAGAAAAUAAAGGUGCACUGAAUAGUCUACGUUUUUAAUGGUUGUAAAUUGUUGGCAAUUCUAAUUGUGCCUCGUAUAUUUUGCUUAAUUUUUAUCGUAGAAAAGCAAGAAAGAGACAAAUAAUGAAUCAGGGAAUUUGAUUACUGUUUGUUUUCUUUCAAACAAUAAAUAAACUAUGCUUUGUAACUGCAUAAUCUAUGUAUACAUUCACACUGAACAAGUUUGCUUGCGCAGCUCAAAGACUAAUGGACUUAAACAAGUACAAUAAGAGGUUUCAAAUGUGUUCUGGCAAGCAGAAUUUAAUCUUUCCUUUUAGAGAUAACAACGUUCCAAUGGUGUAUGAAGCAAGCAACAAUCUACUGCACUACAUUUGUGAUUCAUGUUAACACUUCAGUGUCCAGUGCCUAUGUAACAAUGAUAGUUUCAACGCUUGAGGCAUGAUGAAAUAUUAUCAUUGUGCUACAAAAUAAUCAUCGAUUUUGUGUUACAUAUUGUAUUUGCAAUCAGUGUCAAGUGCAUAUGAUAAAAUCAGCAUAGAAUGUUCAUUAGAAGUAAUUAGAAUGUGUUGAGUGCAUAUCUCUAAAAGAUAAAGGGAAUCUUGGGGGUUGUUUAUAAUGACCCAAAAGUUGAAUAAACUUUUGUAAAUGAAUUUGUUAUUGAGGUAUCUAGAGCAUUAGAUAGAAUUUUGUAAUUUAAAUGCAUGUGAUUGCAAUGUUUAAAAGAGAGCCUUGCUUGCUUUCUUGCUUGAUGUAUAUGAUCAUUAUAGACCAGUGGUGUAAGUUCGCAAACCAGUGGCUAAUUUGUUGUCUGUGGUAUUGUAAACCCACACAUUUUCAUUUUCUGUGUAUUUAGUACUUUAGUUAUUAGCGUUGCCCAGCAAACAUUACAUAUCUUAGUUUAGUGUGUGUUAGUGUUUCAUGUUACAAAGUGACACAUUUUUAUAGUUCCUUUAAAUUAUUUAAAUUGUCAGCACAGGUCGCUCUGUCUCCUUUCUUUGUUAUUGCUUUUUAGACUCGCAUACUUUAAUGUCCUUUUGUGUAACUAAUAAUUUUUCUUCACCCUAUAGGAAAGAAAGAAUUGUAAUUUUAAUGCAUUGUUCAUUGACUUUAAAUGGUGCAUUUUAGUUUUAAUAGCACUGAAGAAAACUGCACUGUUAUUGUUGUUUGAUGUUUUUUGUUGUUGUUUUUUUUUCAUGAAAUUUGUGUUUGUUAUUUAUAUAUGUAUAUAUAUGUGUGUGU